GCGAACAUGGCGAAGACGUACGACUAUCUGUUCAAGCUGCUGCUGAUCGGCGACUCGGGCGUGGGGAAGACCUGCGCUCUCUUCCGCUUCUCCGAGGACGCCUUCAACGCCACCUUCAUCUCCACCAUCGGUAUCGAUUUUAAGAUCAGGACUAUAGAGCUGGACGGCAAAAGAAUUAAGCUACAGAUAUGGGACACGGCGGGGCAGGAGCGGUUCCGGACCAUCACCACUGCCUACUACCGGGGAGCCAUGGGCAUCAUGUUGGUUUAUGACAUCACCAAUGAAAAAUCCUUUGAAAACAUUCGGAACUGGGUCAGGAAUAUUGAAGAGCAUGCCUCACCAGACGUGGAAAAAAUGAUCCUUGGGAACAAAUGUGAUGCAAACGACAAGAGGCAGGUGUCCAGAGAGCAAGGGGAGAGGCUUGCUGCCAGCUUUGGGAUUAAAUUCAUGGAGACCAGCGCCAAAGCGAACAUAAACAUAGAGAAUGCGUUUUUCACCCUUGCAAGAGAUAUCAAAGCAAAAAUGGACAAGAAGUUGGAAGGCAACAGCCCUCAGGGCAGCAACCAGGGAGUCAAAAUCACCCCAGACCAGCAAAAGAAAAGCAGCUUCUUCCGUUGUGUUCUUCUGUGAGGGACACUGCCUUAACCUUGAGCUCCUGGCUCGAGCUGCACUGGACUGUGCCUGUUCUGAGUGAGAUCUCCUCUGUCUGUGGACUUAGCAUUCUCAACCCUCUGUCACUCUGUGACCAGCUGAGUAAGAAAUUGGUUUAUCUUUUAGCACCAGUCUGACUCUUUAGUUUUGGGAGAUGGAAACCAAACCUUCACCUCUUGUCAGCUUGCCACUGGGGCAUGCUUCUUGUCUAGCAGAGGGAGUACAGAUCAAACCUCGACCUGUGGUUGAAAGCAACUUUUGCUUGCCAGGCUUGGGUCGUUUUGUUUGCUUCUGUUCUGGACCCAAUUUGGAAAGGUUUUUAAAGUUGUGGAUGACAAAAAGGAAAGUUCAAUGCCAAGGUUAAUAAAGCACAGCAGUGUGCACAUGAGGUACAUGUGCUGCUCACCCACCUCCUGCAGGGGGCCUGGUGAACGACUGCAUCGCCCCGCUUAGGUGAGCAGGACGAGGCUCUACCUUUCAGAAGGUAGGAGGAAGCUUCCUGCAGCUCCGCUUCUUUGCUGCUACAGAGAGAAUCUUGGAUCUGCCUGUGAGGCCUUCAGUUGUGCUCCUGCAGACAAUCCACGAGGGGAGUGAAGUUUCAAAGGAAUCCUCCUGAAAGGAAUCUCUAUUUUUGAUAAAAACCAAAGUGUGCUGUGACUGUAACAGGUCCUGACCACCAGGAGCCACCUGAUCCGUGCCAGACCUGACCCCAAUGCAAUGCUCCAGCUGCUCCCAGGAGGUGCUGAGUCCUGGUUUCAGCAGGUGAUGGCUACAGUGAGGCCUCUUUAGACACAUGGAACAAGCGAUGAUGGCUACAGGGGGUCCUGUGCAACCACUCUUGAGUCUGUGCUUAGAGAACCAGACCCCGGUUCAGGCAGGGGCACCCACCCAGAGUCUCUAACAGCACCAUGGGUGGCUUUUUCCUUCUGCAGCUGGCUCCAGGUCUGCCAUGAUGUAGUAGCUACUUAGGAAUGGUGACAAGAAAAUGUAUUGCACUGCUUCCAGUUGUGUCUCCUCGGGCACACUCGCUCACAUAUGCAAAUAAAUGUUGCACAGCUGAA